AUGUUCGUGGGUAAACCAGCCACCAGCUCAGGAGAACAAAAAUUAGGAUGUGAAGAUAUAGGUGAGAUAGUAACUUUCGCUUGCCAAGACUGUCCAAGGGAUUAUAUAUUUCCACUGGAUUUCCAGCUUGAUCGGAGCAUAAAGGUCGUCACCGACGGAGCAUGUUCCGACCUCAAACCAGUGAACGAUGGGGUCUCACAAGCGGCUGCAAAUCUAGAAAGCGAACAUAUAGACGAAGACAAUUUACCAUUAAAAUUGUGUAGAUUUAUUUGCUGUGUUUCAUCAUCGGUCUUCGCCGUCCGUCGUUCCGAACUUGCAGCAUUUUUAAGGCAUCACUGUAGAAACAGCUACCCACUACUACCCACAAAUUAG